AUGUUAUUACAUUGCAUUAUAUCACCGAUUUUCUCUAUUUAUCAGCCCUUGGGUGAAAUUGUUGAUUGUCGUUGUCCUGUUACAGGGGCCACUGUUAUCGGCCUCCCGCCACCACUAGUCGUGGCGAUGCGCAUUGCCAAAUCAGACGUCGCCGUGGGUGUCUCUACUGCUAAACUCGUGGAAGUCAGUGGCCAUCUAAAGUGUAGCCCGGAAGCUAUGCGGGAGGCUGUCUCCUCCGAGCCACUACAA